AUGAUUUCGGGUCCCUUUAUAGGUCAACGUCAUGUUCAAGCCGUACUGUUGUUUGCCUGUAUCGCUGUAAAUUAUAUGAUCAAAUAUAAUACCAGUAUCGCUUUGGUGGCUAUGACAAAUGCAGCAACAACAAAUCCUGAUUUUCCGGAAUACGAUUGGAAUGAAAUGGAAAAGUCCUAUAUCCUUUCGAGCAUAUUUUGGGGUUAUGUCGUCACACAAUUUAUAGCUGGGCAUGCAUGUCGAAGGUUUGGUGCAAAAAUGGUGCUGCUAGUAUCCACAUUGGGUUCUGCAAUAGCUGCUAUAGUAGUACCAUUUACUGUCAGCUGGGGUGGUUGGCAAAUAUUUUGUUUUCUUCGGGUGUUGCAGGGUGCAUUUCAAGGUUUUGAUUUGCCAUGUGUUCAUGUUCAUUUGGCAAUGUGGUCUCCGGUGGAGGAACGUAAUCGUUUGGGUGCAUUGGCCAGCUCGGGUAUUGAAUGUGGCACGGUUAUGGCCAUGUUUAUAAGUGGCCUGAUUGCAACAUCGUCAUUGGGAUGGCCUGGCAUUUCAUAUGUGUCCGGUGCCAUUGCUAUAGCAUGGUGUAUUUUGUGGCAAAUCUUUGCUGCCAAUUCCCCCAGCCAGUCAAAAUUUAUAUCAAAAAAUGAAUGUAAUUAUAUUGAAUCAUCUAUAAAUGCUAUGAAGAAGGAGUCAGAGGAGACUGCUACUACAGGGGAACAACAAAUCCCCAUACCUUGGAAGGCGAUUUUACAUUCACCACCCUUUUGGGCUUUGCUAAUAGUUCGUGUCGCUGAGAAUUGGGGAUUUUCCGCGAUACAAGCCAAACUUCCCGCCUAUAUGAAUGGUGUAUUUGGUAUGGAUAUGAAAAGUAAUACCCUAUAUUCGGCACUGCCAUAUAUUACCCUAUGGAUAUUGUCGUAUUGUUAUUUAAUAUUGGCCGAUAUCCUGUUGAAAUAUAAAAUCGUCUCAUUAAAUAUUUUGAGAAAAUCAUUUAACACAGUGGCCUAUUGGGUGCCAACAGCGGGCUUAAUUGCUGUCGGAUUCUUGGAGGCAGAUCAACAAACCUUGGCCAUUAUAUUAAUGAUUACAAGUGUGGGCCUAAAUUCUGGCUGUACAAUUGGUAGUGGUCUGAAUCCCAUUGAUUUGUCACCAAAUCAUGCUGGCAUUCUGUCAAGCAUUACAAAUGCUGUGGGUAGUAUAAUGCCGAUUUUAACACCUCUUGUAAAUGGUGUCGUUGUAACGGAUGAGACUAAUCGCUUCCAAUGGCAGAUUGUGUUUGCCAUUACAGCAGCCGUAUUUUUUGUAGGCAAUUUAGUUUACAUUAUUUGGGGUUCAACAGACCGGCAAGUAUGGGACAAUCCUAACUAUCUUGAUGCUAAGAAAGAUGCAGAAAAUAGUAAUGAACUCAACUCAUCUCAAAUCGAAAAUGGAACGAAAUUAUGA